UAGCCCAUUUCUAUAUACAGACGUGCUUAAAAUAUCCCGUCAUUAUCAGUUUUUUGUCGAGGAUAUCCACAGAGAAGCGAACCUCGUCCUAUUUCAAUUAUAAUAAAUUUAUUUAUUUCAGGCAAAAAUCAUGAGCUCAUCAAAAGGAAGUAAUUCGAGGAGCAGACCUCAGAAACAUCAGAACAAAACAGCGUUCAAAAACAACUUACACGAUACCAGCAAAAAAACAAAGUUCCUCAACUCGUUGGAAGUCAACGGAGUGUGUCAACGCUGCAAAGAUGUCCUUGAGUGGAAGAUCAAGUACAAAAAGUAUAAGCCGUUGACAGUACCCGCUAAAUGUGUGGCGUGUAGUCUGAAAUCUGUUAAAUAUGCUUAUCAUAUUCUUUGUACUAAAUGUGCGACUGAAAAGAAAGUUUGUGCAAAAUGUUGUAUACCAAUACAUAAUAGAGAACAAACUAAUGAAAACAUUGAAACAUUUCCCAGUUCUGAAAUCAAAUUGCAAUUGAAAGAUUUACCUGAGAGAAAACGAAGGACUAUACUUAGAUACAUAAACAAACAUGGUGAAGAUAACAUCACACCUGAAAUUAAAGCAUAUAUAGAGGAGCUAGUAUCAAACAUUGAUACCAUAAGUUUAGACGAUGAUGAUUUUGAUUACUCUAAUGAAGAACUUAAUGAAAGCAGCGAAGAAAAAUAA